AGGAUUAGAAACUGUGAAUGUCUAGAGGGUUGGUUUGGUCACUUUGGUCUCCUUCUCUCGCUGUCUCUUCUCUGGCCCAAAGUAAUCGAGGAAAAAGAAAAAGAAAAAGAAAAAUAAAAAUAAAAGCUUUUCGUGCUCUGCUUCUUCUUUUUGAAGUAUCUGCUUCUUCUCCCAGAUGAGAUCGUAUCACUGUCUGAAUCAGCUGGUUUUUGGUCUACAAGAACUCAACGAAGGAGAUACUACUGGUGUGUGUGUGCAUGAUUUUCUAUUGCUUCAGUUUCUGCAUCUGCUUUCUUUAAUUUUUUGAAUUUCAAGUUAAAGCGUCUCUCUCGAUUCCCAUCUUUGGAAGUUUUUAGCUUUUCAAAAAGCCAAUAAAGGACAGCCAAGUCGAUGGUACUUUCUGCAAUAAAAAAUGCUUCUGGGUUUUGUUUGAUUUCUGAUAGCAAUCCUGGGUUUUUUUUCUUCUGUGGUUUCCUUUGAUAUGGAUUCUAUGCAUCUGGUUACUCUUCUCUGAUUCUGAAGUUGGGUUUGUGCUGUCCUUUAAUGGACUGAAAUCUGCUUCAGGGGACAAUCUGUAUGCGCCUGGGUUUAACAGCAACUUUGAUCCUUGUGCGCGUAGAAUAUUUUUUUUUUAAGUUAUGAUCAAACAAAUACUUGGAAGGCUUCCCAAGAAGCCUUCCAAGUCAUCCGAGAAUCGUGAAUUUGGGGGUCCAUCUAUUGCUCCUUCAAAUACUUCCUCAGCUUCUAAAAGCAACAGUGAUUUCCAGAGCAACAGGCUUGGAACUUUAAACAACUCAUCUCCUCCUGGUCUUGAUUCUGCUCCUCAUUUAGGUUUUAGUCAUGGAAUGAAGCCUACCCAGGUUGGGAAUCCAAAGCUGAAUGGCAGUUCAGUGCCUCCACCGUAUGAAGCAUUGCCUACAUUCAGGGAUGUCCCGAAUUCUGAGAAGCAAAACUUGUUUGUUAGAAAGCUCAACUUGUGCUGUGUGGUGUUUGACUUUGCUGACCCCACUAAAAAUUUGAAAGAAAAGGAUAUCAAGCGCCAGACGUUGCUUGAGCUCGUGGAUUAUAUUACUUCUGCAAACGGGAAGUUCACGGAAACUGUCAUGCAAGAAGUUAUAAAGGUGGUAUCUGUUAAUUUAUUUAGGCCGCGUUCUCCACAGACCCGGGAGAAUAAGGUAUUAGAGGCCUUUGAUUUGGAAGAGGAGGAGCCCAUGAUGGACCCAGCAUGGCCUCACUUGCAAAUUGUGUAUGAAUUCUUUCUUAGAUUUGUUGCAUCACCUGAGACAGAUGCAAAGUUGGCUAAGAGGUACGUUGAUCACUCUUUUGUUCUCAAGUUGUUAGAUCUCUUUGAUUCUGAGGAUCCAAGGGAGAGAGAGUAUCUGAAGACAAUUCUGCAUCGCAUCUAUGGAAAGUUUAUGGUGCAUCGUCCAUUCAUCAGGAAAGCUAUCAAUAAUAUCUUCUUCCGUUUUAUUUUUGAAACGGAGAAGCAUAAUGGGAUUGCUGAGCUUUUAGAGGUUUUGGGUAGCAUAAUCAAUGGGUUUGCUUUGCCGCUAAAAGAAGAACACAAAUUGUUCCUUGUUCGGGCACUGAUCCCCCUUCACAAGCCAAAGUGUUUACCUAUGUACCAUCAGCAAUUAUCAUACUGCAUUACACAGUUUGUGGAGAAAGACUGCAAGCUUGCUGACACUGUUAUAAGAGGUUUAUCAAAGUACUGGCCAAUUACUAAUAGUUCCAAGGAGGUCAUGUUCCUAAGUGAGUUGGAGGAAGUCUUAGAAGCAACUCAACCAGCAGAAUUCCAAAGAUGUAUGGUACCCCUGUUUCGUCAAGUAGCUCGUUGCUUGAGCAGUUCACACUUCCAGGUGGCAGAAAGGGCUUUGUACUUGUGGAACAAUGAUCAUAUUGAGAACUUAAUUAGACAGAACCGCAAAGUUAUACUCCCCAUUAUCUUUCCUGCCCUGGAGAAAAAUGGACGUAACCACUGGAAUCAGGUGGUGCAGAGCUUAACAGUUAAUGUUCGCAAGAUCUUUGCUGAUAUUGACCCUGAGCUGUUCGAGGAGUGCUUACGCCAGUUUCAAGAAAAUGAAGCGAAGGCAGAGGAGAUCAAAACAAAACAAGAAGCGACCUGGAAGCGCUUAGAAGAGAUUGCGGCAACAAAAGCCACAAGUAGUGAAGCAGUCCUUGUUCCCUGGGCUAUACCCACCUUAACAUCUUCCGGCUAGAGAUAGUGUUAUCCAUAUGUUGUAUAAAAUUAUUCAAUUUCAUUGACUGGUCUCAGAGUGGCAAGAUGGUCAUUAUGUUUUAUGAGUUUGAUAUUCUCAUGGAUCCAUGCCCGAUUUCUCUUUUCUGGUUCCCAACGUCAAGAUGUUCAGGGUAUGAUAUCAUUGUGUAGCAAUGUAGCUGACAACUCUGCUGUUUGCUCGGGGGACUAUAUACAGGGUAAGGCCAAGAGCUAAUAGCUGAACUCACAUUUAUAAUGGAGAGGGAUAAAACUAGUAAUUUUGUUAAUUUUUAUCGUAAUUGAUAUUUAGAGCGUUACAUGAAGAAGCUACAGAUCACACAGGUGAUUUAAGAACUGUCUUGAUUUUAGUUUGGUCUUGUGUAUUUACCAAACACUUUGAUCUCAUUUCUUAUUUGCAUGUAUCAUAUAUAUGUUUUAUUGUGUAAAAGUGAAACUUUUUGUGGGUGUGAA